UUCUCUCGUUUCUCGCCGAACUAAACGAAGCGAAAACACGAAACCAAGAGCAAAACCGAGCCGGGAUCCAGUUAUACUCGUGGAAAGAAUGAGAGCGAGAGGGUUCCCGGCGUUAAAGACACGCUCGGCAUAGUAAGCGGAAACGUAAUCACAAAGCCCGAGGGGCGGCGGCUCAGGGAGUUCCUCUCGUUGCGUUACGUUACAUUACAAAACUGUGCUCGCGUUUCUGUGUGGCUGUAUUUUUUUUAAUUUUUUACCAACGCGAUCGUAAUGUGCAAUCAGAUAGGGGGACGCCCUGUUGCAUGUAAUAUCACCGGAAAAUCGCGCGCAUUUUUUGCAUAGUUCGGUCAUGUCGGCGGUCAUCUGGCAGAAGAGUAGAGGAAACCAGAGAAAAAAUAUGAGAGAGAUAGAAAGCAAUAUUUAACUCUUCACGAUCCUAUAUCAAAAUCCUUCUCCGAAGUGAUGCGAAUGUUCCGGCAAAGGAACUGUCACUUCGCCCUGGGAUUGCUCUGCUGCAUCAUAGCAUUGCUGUCGACGAGUACCGCGGACAAUAGCGUCCACAUACUAUCGAAGUAUCAAUUGCUUACCUCAACCACGCUCAAGUGGCUGCCGAUACAGCAUUACAACCCGAAUGAAUUCAAGGAGAUAGUCAUUGGUGGCUUCGAGAAUAUAGCAGAUGGCGAAGAUGAAAAUUAUGCCAAUCAAGCGGAAAAAUCGGAGGUGAGAAGAAGGCCGCUUUACGUGUGUCGCGCGAUGCACAACAGCAUCUGGGUAGCUGGCACGCAGAAGGAUAAGGAAAGGGUUUGCACGGUGACGAUGUACGGUAGCGUGCAGUCAUAUGACAAGUACGAACUGUUGGAAAACAUCGAUGGAGCCGCGCGUAUCGCGUGGAUUCGCCUGGAUAAGUAUUUGCAGUCUCACGUAGGCGCGGUGUACGUUGACAACAAGAUGCUGGUCGCCCGACAUAUGGUUCCCAAGGACAAAAAGGAGCCGCGAUACACUCAUUACAUCGGCACGCUCAGCUCCGAGAACUUUGGCAACAUUAUCUACGUGAACGAGGACGGCAAGGAGGAAUCCGCAAAAUCUGGCGACCAUUUGGUGGAGACUGAGCCGAUCCGUUACGAGCUGAGUUCCGUUAAGCUCAACUGGCCUAAGAGACGCGAUGUUAAACCACGCAUAUCACGCAUACUCAGUAACGUGACGAUCACCAAUCAUGGAGAGGAACCGGCGUCCUUAGCGGAAGCUUGCACAUAUACGUACAAGUACUCGAUCUACUGGGGUCGUAGGCACGCAAUCCUUAACGGCCUUAUCACCACGAUCACGCUGGCUAACGGCACGUCCUUGCCGAACAUAACGUGGGGCAUGCGCGACGAGGAGAAUCGCACGGAGGCUUACAACGUGCAAGUCUUCCUGGAACCCGGCACGGGUGUGAACGUGACACUGAAGGCCAAUUACACGGAUACGGAAGUGCCGUACAGCGCAACCUUGAUCUCGCACUACGAGGAUAGCGCGACGUUGUCGCGCGUGAUCAGCGGCACUCGACAGGAGGAGACCCUGCUCGACAUCGUGCCGGAAUUUGGACCCAUCUACUUUCUGAGCAAUUACAGCGUGGUGCCGACCACUGUAUCACCUCCUACCACGACCGAAACGCCGACCACGACGAUCGCGGCGACAACGACGAUGCAGCCGCCGCAGGAGACGACGCACCGACCUCGGCAAGCGAGCAACGCGGCGGAUACGGUAGACCAUGACGAGAAUCUGAUCGUACCGCCGAAGAAAAUAGACAUAUCGACGAGCAUGCAAAACGACGACGGCGGCCCGUUAUCCCUCAAGAACAAGGGAGAUUACUCCAACGUCGCGUGCGCAAAACCGAGCUUGUUGACGCUCAUUGCUUCGUCGCUGCUGCUGUUGAUCCUUCAUAGAAUUACGUGAAGAUCCGAUCACUACGGGCCACCUCCUUUAAUUUCCUAAUCCUCUCCCCUCCCCUUCUGCAAUAGUAAUAUAUAACUCAGUAGACGUACCGAAAGAAACAAAAAAUAUUAAAAAAUAUUUAAAAAAGAGAAAAUAGAAAAAAAAAUAUACGCGAAUCAGAGUAAUGCUGUAAUUUCGUAUAAUAGCGAUUAUAGCGUGUAUGAUUCCCCCUUAUUUGAACACGCACUCGCUAAAUCACGUCGGCACCGCGAUGCUGAUAUGCUUGCCUUUAAAAAGAAACUCGAUAUAUAAUAUAUAUAAUACACAAAUAUCUCUAUAUUAUUAUACACGCAUCUUAGGAGAGCGCAAUAAGAAAGAUGUAUCUUCGCGAUUGAGGGAUGAGCUAGUCUCGAUAAUGAGUCAAGUACAAGAACGAAAUCGAUUAUCGAUACGAGGUUUGGAUUAACUUGGCUGCGAAACGUUUAUCCGUUAUGCUGUUGAACAGCUGAUCGUUGUGACACAUUGUGACAUUCCGUCUUUUUCUAAUCCCGCUGUGAGUCGUGACUUUCCAACCAUACUGUAUUAUAUCCUAUGCCUUUGCAAAAUGUAUUCUAUAGAUCCUUUAGGAGAUCCUAAUCGCUUCAAAAGAUGACGGCACAUUCUUUAAGGAUUAUUAUGUCUCAGGAGAGAAAGAAAAAAAAGAGCUAUACAAUCGCCGUGAACAAUAUGGAUAAGUAGUGGCGUAAUAUACCGUCAGAAGGUGAAGUAGAAGUUAAAGCACAACAGAAGAAAAAAAAAGCAAGAUACGCGAGUUGAUUCAGCUAUGAUAUAUUUUUGAGAGAUUGCCGAUAUAAUUUUAGACGAUUGUAAAAUUUAUAAGGAUAGCAAGUAAGAGAGAAACGUAUAAGGAGUGUAAAAAAUGCAUGGGUACACUAGUUCUCGCAGUACUAAUUCGAUCAAAUUCUCGCUAUAUUACAGUGAAACAAUGAUCGCGCGCAUUAUUUAAUAUGCAAUAACACAAUAAUAAUUAUUUUCUUUUGGCUUUAAAAGAGCAGGAAUAUGAACGAUUCGUAUGUACCCAUCUCUUACACUCUAUAAAGUAAUAGGAUAUCUGCAAAUAUCCUAGAAUAUGUUGAGAAAGAUUGUAAGCAGAAAGAUGAGGACCCACUGGUAUAUAUAACAAUUGAAAUUGUUAAGAUAUACAUAUAUAUGCAUGUAUAUGUAUUUCUUAAUAAUUUAUUAAUAAGAAGAUAGAAUAUUUUGAUACGUGUGCGAACUAUAAAAUUAUUGAGUUUGGUGUUUGGAAAGAUUUUUUGUUUACUCGAAAGAUUAGGAGACAAGACGUAUCAUUUUUUAUACGCGAUUGCGUUGUCAGCAUUUUUAUCGAAGAAGUUUCUAUAUGUACAUAAUAUGUAUUUCUAUAUGAUCCUUGAUAGUUGUAAUUGUGUAGUGUUGAGCUUAUUUAUAUAACAUGAUUUAUAGAUAUUUUCUCUAUAAAGAGAGCGUUACAAGUACAAUUCUUAUAUAUAUUUUACUAUUAACCGACAUAGGAUUAACGCGAUACACUUAUUUCGGAUUAAAGCGGGUGCUUCGUCUCCGUGUUUAAAACGACGUUUAUCGACGUCCAAGCGCCCAAUCAACCACAUUUAUUGUGAUAUUCAAUAAAAACUUUAUGUAGACACAAAACAAAAAAAGGAGAAAAGAAAGCACUCUCUGUUGAACAAUUCGUUAAUUAUGAGAACAAGCAAUAAUUUGUUGAGAGAUGAAAAAAGGUUUGCGAAAAAAAGAAUAAAAGCGAUGAUAGAAAAAUUCAAAUAUAAUUUGUAGUAUUCCCAUACGCGAAUGAUGAUAUUUUUUCAAUGUUCCACAAUGAACAUGACGUAAGUACGAAGCAGUGUGCAAAGCAACGUAAAUUCAAAGAAGGAAAUUGUACGAGUUUAUACGAUGAGAUCGUAAAUCUAUUGCUUCUUGACAAUUCAUUCUAUAUGCCGAUAAGCAGAGACGUAACUGUCCUAAAAGAAACUAGCUAUCGACUUCGGCAAAGCUAAGAAUUAUUCUAAAAAUAUCUAUAUUUGAUGCAGAUGUAUUAUUUGUGAAUAUGCUGCUGUAUUGUACAUUAUCAUGUAAAUAUAAAUACUAUGUACAUAUAAAAA